UCACCCCUGCUCAGGAUGGAAAUGACAUCGGUGAGGCUGCUGGUCUGGUCCUUCCUCCUUUUGAUCCUGAGCGGUCUCACCUGGGCUGCAGAUCCCCCAAACUACUGCUACGGAGCCCCGGGUCUGCCCGGAGUCCCAGGACCACCGGGGAAAGAUGGGCGCGAUGGACACCGAGGGCCCAAAGGAGAACCAGGUCCUCCGGCCGUCCCUGGAAGCCACGGACCCAAGGGAGAGCCAGGCUCCCCGGGGCUUCCUGGUUUGCCCGGGAAAAGCGGCCCCCGAGGAGCCCCCGGAAGCCUUGGAGACAUCGGCCCCAAAGGCGAACGAGGGGAAUCCGGAGACGCCGGCGGCCACAAGCUCAUGUACCAAUCCGCCUUCACCGUCAAGCGCCAGACCCACGAGCACCCGGUGAAGAAUGCGCCGGUCGUCUUCCAUGGCAACGUGACCAACACCUACCACGAUUACGACACCUCGACGGGCAAAUUCACCUGCCGCAUCCCGGGCGUCUACUACUUCGUCUUCCACACGUCCUUGACGGCCAACCUGUGCGUCAACCUCUUCCGUAACCGGGAGCGGGUGGCCAGCUUCUGCGACCACCUCUCCAACCCCAAACAAGUCAGCUCCGGUGGGGUCCUACUCCAACUGGAAGUCGGCCACCAGGUCUGGUUGGCGGUCAACGAUUACAAUGGGAUGGUGGGUGUGGCCGGCGCCGACAGCGUCUUCUCGGGCUUCCUAUUGUUUCCCGAUUAGCUUCUCCUCCAGAAAGAGCCCAGUCGGCUCCGGAGCCUGCCUGAAAUUUGACCUUUUUUCUGGGAUUCCCCCGUAGCUUUUCUUCUAUCCUUCGAGGUUUUCUCCUGCCUUCCCCACUGAUUGAAAAUAAAAUAAAAUAAAAUAAAGAGUUUGUCAUGGCAAUUGAAAUAAAUAAAUAAUGAUGAUAAUAAUAAUAA